GUUUCUUUUCUCCAUGGAAAACUCCAAAGCCUAUGAUGGAACGAUGGGAAAAUCAAGGCAGCCCUCAAACAAGCCUAUCUGCUCCAGCUAUGCCACAGAAUAUUCCCUAUCCACCCACUCUUCACAGGAGUUCAUUUCCCGAUUCAACAGAGGCCUUUGAUCCGCGAAAACCUGACCCAUAUGAGCUGUAUGAGAAAUCAAGAGCUAUUUAUGAAAGUAGGCAACAAGUGCUGCCCAGGACUGGUUUUCGAGUGGAUUCCUCUGGUCCCGAUUACAAGGAGCUGGAUGUUCACCUUCGGAGAAUGGAGUCUGGAUUUGGCUUCAGGAUCCUGGGAGGAGAUGAGCCUGGACAGCCUAUUCUCAUUGGAGCAGUAAUUGCCAUGGGGUCAGCAGACCGAGAUGGUCGUCUCCAUCCUGGUGAUGAGCUCGUGUAUGUAGAUGGGAUUCCAGUGGCCGGCAAAACCCACCGAUACGUGAUUGAUCUUAUGCAUAACGCUGCCCGAAAUGGGCAAGUGAAUCUUACUGUGAGGAGAAAGGUGCUACCCACGGGAGAACCGUGCCCAGAGAAUGGCAGAAGCCCAGGCUCGGUGUCUACGCACCACAGUUCUCCAAGAAGUGACUACGCUACUUAUGCUAACAGCAAUCACGCUGUCUCGAGUAGCAAUGCUACACCCCCCGAGGGUUUCACUUCUCACAGCCUGCAGACCAGUGACGUCGUGAUCCACCGCAAGGAGAACGAAGGCUUUGGCUUUGUUAUCAUCAGUUCCCUGAACAGGCCCGAAUCUGGGUCCACAAUAACUGUACCCCAUAAAAUCGGGCGGAUAAUUGAUGGAAGUCCUGCGGAUCGCUGCGCAAAACUUAAAGUUGGAGACCGGAUCUUAGCUGUGAAUGGCCAGUCUAUUAUUAACAUGCCUCAUGCAGAUAUUGUGAAGCUAAUUAAAGAUGCAGGUCUCAGCGUAACUCUUCGCAUCAUUCCUCAGGAGGAGCUGAACAGCCCGGCCUCGGCCCCCAGCUCGGAGAAGCAGAGCCCCAUGGCCCAGCAGCACAGCCCCAUGGCCCAGCAGAGUCCCCUGGCGCAGCAGAGCCCCGUCGCCCAGCACAGCCCCGUCGCCCAGCCACCGCCUCCACAGCCCCUCCAGCUGCAGGGACACGAAAACAGCUAUAGGUCAGAAGUAAAAGCCAGGCAGGAUGUGAAACCUGAUAUCCGGCAACCUCCAUUUACAGACUACAGGCAGUCCUCCACAGACUAUCGACAGCCUCCGCUGGACUACAGGCAUCCUCCGGUGAUGGAUUACCAGCAGCCACCCCCUCUCGACUACAGGCAGCCGCCCUUGAUAGAUUACAGGCAGCAUUCGCCUGACACCAGGCAGUACCCUCUGUCGGAGUACAGGCAGCCCCAGGACUUUGAUUAUUUCACUGUUGAUUUGGAGAAAGGAGCCAAAGGUUUUGGGUUUAGCAUUCGAGGAGGAAGGGAGUACAAAAUGGAUUUGUAUGUGUUGCGGUUAGCAGAAGAUGGACCAGCAAUAAGAAAUGGAAGGAUGAGGGUAGGAGAUCAAAUAAUUGAAAUCAAUGGAGAAAGCACAAGGGACAUGACACAUGCCAGAGCAAUAGAGCUAAUCAAGUCUGGUGGCAGGAGAGUGCGACUCUUGUUGAAACGUGGAACAGGCCAGGUCCCAGAAUAUGACGAACCAAACUCCUGGAGUGCUCCCUCUGCCACCUCCCCAGGUCUGCCGGAAGUAGCUCUUUCCCUCGAUGACAUAAUCUCACCAUUAUCUUCAUCACACAUAGCCCCACCCUCUGACCCUUCUCACCAGAUAAGCCCAGAGGCAACAUGGGAUAUCAAGAGGGAACACGAUGUAAGGAAACCAAAGGAGCUUUCGGUGAACGGUCACAAAAAGAAAAGGUUAGGAGAACAAAGAGAAAGGUCAGCAAGUCCUAAAAAGGUAGACAGGUCAAAGCAUGAAGAGGCUUCUUGGAAAGGAUAUUCAGAAGGCAAAAAUAAGACCACUGAUGGUGGCAGGCCCACCUCAGAAGGCAAAGUGGUGGGACACAGCGUUAUGAUCGAGGCUGGCGCAAGAGAGCACAUGUGUGCUGGAACCAGUGAUGAACAGUUUGGGAGGCUGAGGAAGCCGGAAAGCAAGAGAGGAGGAUCUCUUAGCAAAAAAGAAGAUCACAAAUCCACAAAUACCAGUGAGAAGAAGUCAGCUGCAGCAUCCGACCAUGUCAAGCUUGAUACAGGUGCUACCAAGACGUACAGUAGCAACCGCUGCAGCUCGCCUGGAAGCGAUAUGGACCACAGCCAGAGGGACCCUGACGGGAAACCCAGCGAGUUCCCCAGGAAGGGACAUCUCCACGCCAUUAGCACUCGCAGCACCAACACCACAGUUCGAAAGGCAACAGUCUCCCCAGGGCCGUGGAAAAUCCCUGGCUCAGAUAAGCUACCUAGCGUUCUGAAGUCUGGUACUUCUGCCAUGAGCAGAUAAGCAAGGGACUGUUGCCCUCUAACUGUCUCAAACUGACGCAGAACAUUCUUCUUAGUUUUUGUCUCACCUUGGUUUGUUUUAAUUUAUUUUAACUAUCAAUCACACACAUACACAAAGCAUUGAGGAAUGAAAACGUGUGUAAUUCCAUGACAAAGUGCACAGUAUCUAAUAAGUUCAAGAGCAUAUAGUCAACAUGGAGAUUUAAAAUCGACCCUAAAGUCCCAGUUCCAUUUUAGGGACUUUGGCAGCUAUGGAAGAAACCAAAACAAUAUGAAGGACAGUACAUCAGAGAAGGAUAGUGCAGUGUAGCUUUAGCAUUUUUUUCCCACUGCAUGAAGGACUUGGAUUUCAUUCAAACUUUAUAUCAAGAAACUGGAACAAGUUAGAGCAAUCACAAACUGGAACAUCGCCUUAAAUAAAACUGCACGGAGCAAGCUGAAACCGAGAGAGGAUCUUUUCAUGGAGCUAAAAUGUUGUAAAUAAAUUGUUCUCGACAUAUCUAGACAGGGGUUAAAGGGUUUCUUUGAAGCAUCGUUUGGAACUGUACACCCAUGACACAUCUCCACUGUUAACGCUUUGGGAUAGUCCACGCGAUACCCUGUAGCAUAGUUCACUGGGCGCUACGGGAGGAGUGGGGAAUCUGGUGGAUUAGUUUCUGUGAUACCAUUUCUACUGCCAUUUUUGUGAACAAACCAUGUUUCUGUACAUUGGAAAGGAGUUAGGGUGGAGUUGUAUUUGCAAAUUAUUCUCAAAAGCGAUUUACUACAGGUUCCCCAAAUCCUGCGAGGUAGCACACAAACCAAUUGGUCAGGCUCAAAACCCAGACAUCUGCAAGGCCCUUGCAAUGAAAGGAAGAGUGCUACAGAGAAAAAGCUGCAGUUUCCUUAAGGAAAGGCCUUUCCCUCCUGCAGAAAACAAGAGCUUCACUUAUCAACAGUGCUAUGUUUCACACCCAUCUACAUUUAGUCAGGACACUCGCACCUUUCGUCCCCUCAGUUUGGCAGAGCAGGUGCCUUUCAGGCACACGUUAACAAUAAUUAGACUGGUUUCUGAAAUGCAGUUGUCAGUGUCCUCAUUCAGUAAAUUCAACAUACUUCCAUUUUUUAAAUGGUUUCCAUUUUAUCAUUUCUUCCCUACCUCCAUUUUUUUUGUUUUGUUUUGGUCUUUUUUGUUUUAUCUUUCUUGCUUGUCUGUUUUGAAUUUCAAGCCUUAAGUGCCAGGUAAACAUUCCAGUCUGCCUUCACAGGAAAUAACUCCGAGUUCAGUCAAUCAGUCAUUAACUUGUUUCAAAAAGAUGCGUAUGUGUCUGUGUAAGUGUGCAUAUGCUUAUUUGUCUGUCAAAAUUAAAACAAAAUCCUGGGCAAUAAUACAUUGGUAAUUAAAAAAAAAAAAUCAUAAAGCUAAGUACUGUCAAAAAUUCGUAUUUAAAAAUUAUUGUUCUCUAGCAAUCUUAGUUCCUCACAUGCUCUGCUGAAAAAUUAGAUUGAGAUUGGCUUUGUUCCAAGAAAUUAGCACAUUACUGUAUGUCUCAAACAUUGCACUGGACUGAGAAAUUUGUAGGCAUGUUUCUUCCUGUCCAAUUAUUUGAAAAGCCUCAAGUCAAGGAUUUUGCAGCUUUCAAACAAUUUUUUUUGAAAGAAAAAUCCAUUUAUAAUUUCUAAAAAAGCACAAGUCCAUGUAGCUGUUUAUAAAACUCUUAUUUAAUGGAAAAAAAAAAAAUCUUUAUCCCCUGAACUAGAAUCCAAUAUAAUUUGCCAUUAAUUUAUUGAAUCUGAUUUUGGACAAUGCUUCUGUAGUGUAGAUGCACGUCCCAGUAUCUUAUUUUUAUGUAUAAAUAAAGCAAACAAUGAAAUCUGAAAAACAGUUGAGAUUAUGCUUGCAUAAACUCUAAUUUGCACAGUUCACAGCUACUCCUUGUGCAGUAAUUGCUUUAUGCGGCUGUAAUCGAUAACCUGUGAAGACAGCACAUCAUCUAAACCCCAUUCCAAAUAAUAUUUCUGUGUAGUGUUAGCUGUGAAUUUACCCUGUACAGCUCUAUCUCUAUAAAUAUAAUUCCAUGUAUUAAUAGUCACAGAAAGGCUGUAAGUGAGCAACUAUUUUUAUGAAACGCACCACUAUGGAUAAAUUAACUUUUACAGAAAUCUUGUUUACUGUAUGAUAUUCUAAACCACUGUCAAAUAAAAUAUAUAUC